ACUCGCGGCCUGGCCAUGGCAUGCAUAAAUUUAUCUGAAUACCGUCACACCCUGAGCUAUUUCAUCAUGGAUUAUGACAUCAGCGAGCUCAACUGCAGCGUAACCGUCCAAAGUCUUGCUCCAACUGGUGAAAUCCUCAAGAACAAACUCUUCAAGAACAUCACCCUCUUCUUACUACGCAACGAGUUCCGGGACAUCAUCUUAAAAAUCGACCAGGGCAAGACAGACGUCAAGUACCCACUACAAGACAUCAAGGUGUUCAGCAGGUUUGCCAAGGACGGAAAAGCAACGAUUCGAAUCCCGAGCCACAAAAUCCAGCUCCUUAUCUCAAACUGUCCCCCGGCAAAACUUGUGCUGUUCCUGAGAACAAUCGGUGCAAAGGUAGAACAGCUGAAACAGACUGGGGUGGCCACGGACAGACAGAGGUUGAGAUCAAACCUGCCCAGAAGACUAGAACACAUCAGCCCUCUGUGCCAGAAGGACUUGGACGCAGUGAACAGAAUCAGAGAGGCACAGGCUACAGCUGCACUGAAGGGGAGAACUCCUGGGCUAAAGAGGAAGAGACCUUUGGGAGACACCACAAAUGCUCAGGUUGACCCUGUCCCAAGAAAGAAGCUGCACAUGUCCAGCACAGUGUCCAGACUGACCCAGGAGCAGCAGGCCGUGCUGAACGCUGUCCAAGCUGGACACAACAUCUUCUUCACAGGUAGUGCAGGUACAGGAAAGUCCUUCCUCCUGCGGAAGGUCAUCGGAUCGCUCCCUCCUGAACACACGUUUGCCACGGCCAGUACGGGAGUCGCUGCCUGCCACAUCGGAGGGACAACGCUACAUUCCUUUGCAGGUAUCGGCUCAGGCACAGCAGCUAUCCAGCAGUGCUACGAGCUUGCCUCCCGCCCGGGGGUGCGGAAACAGUGGCGCCAGUGCCGACAUCUCAUCGUGGACGAAGUCUCCAUGAUCGAUGGCGACUUCUUCGACAAGUUGGAGGCUGUGGCGCGGGCGGUGAGGAAAAGCGACAAACCGUUUGGCGGGAUCCAGCUCAUCCUGUGUGGGGACUUCCUGCAGCUGCCUCCUGUCACCAAGCCGGGGGAGAAGAGGCGGUUCUGCUUUCAGUCCCGUUCCUGGCACAAGUGCAUACAGGCCAGCUAUGAGCUGACCCAGGUCAAGAGGCAGACGGACCCCACCUUCAUCAACAUCCUACAGAACAUCAGGGUCGGCAGAUGUCCACCUGCAAUAUCAACACGACUGUCUGCUACCGAGACUCACAAGAUCGAGAGGGAGGGUAUCGUUGCCACGCGGCUCUGUACACACAAGGAGGACGUGAACCACAUUAACGAUGUACGACUUAAAGAGCUGGAGGGAGACACAAAGGCAUUUGAGGCCCAUGACAGUGACCCAGACCUGGUGAAGACUAUCAACACCCUCUGUCCUGUGGAGAAGAACAUCCAACUGAAAGUGGGAGCACAGGUGAUGCUGGCUAAGAACCUGGAUGUACAGCGGGGUCUGGUAAAUGGUGCCCGGGGGGUGGUGACGGGGUUCCAGACUUCAGGGGCAGGCCUUCCUAUUGUAAAGUUCCUGUGUGGAGUGACAGAGCCUGUGAAGCACGAACGCUGGACGUUCAAGGCCACGGGAGGAAUCUUCCUGACGAGGCGACAGCUGCCAAUCAAGCUGGCCUGGGCCAUCUCCAUCCACAAAAGCCAGGGAAUGUCUCUUGACUGCGUUGAGAUGUCGCUGUCCCGGGUGUUUGAGAGCGGCCAGGCGUACGUCGCCCUGUCCCGAGCCCGCAGCCUUCAGGGUCUCCGCGUGCUCGACUUCGACGCCAAGUGCGUUCGCGCCAACCCAGAUGUGAUACAGUUCUACCAGAGACUGAGGAAGCAGCAGAGAAUGAUGCAGGCGUCCAUGGACAGAUAUGUGGACAAGGAGAAUGUGCAACCUACUUGGUAGCUGUAGCUCUCCAAGAAGAUGUCAGAAUGAAUGAUUUUACAGUACUGUAUUUUAUUGCCUUGUUUUUCUGACAUGUGACUUUGUUAGGAGGCCAGGGUUGUCUGUCAAAGACAGGGCCAUCUUUCCUUCAAGUAUCUGUUUGGAAAUUAGGAGUGCAAGGGUUUUUGUAAGGAUAGCAAACAGUUCUUAGAAAGAUCAGCACUGAUUCUGUCAAUGUCAGGUGCAUCUGUGCCAACCCAGACGUGCUGCAGUUUUACAAGAGACUGGGGAAACAGCAGAGGAUGAUGCAGGCGUCCAUGGACAGAUAUGUGGACAAGGAGAAUGUGCAACCU